AUGGUGUCCCAGGAAGGCCUCGAGCUCCUCUCGGAAACUGUGGGCAAUAAGCUGCAGGCUGUCACCUACAAGUGGCUGGCACGAGAGGCUCAUAUUCCAUACGACACAUCCAAAGCCAUCCUCUUUGACUUCAUGACCAAGCACGCCUCGACUGUCCAUGCGACCUUUCUCCUGAGUGGGUGGAGGCGCUCCGGAGAGGGUGCAAGGCAUGUCGUGUCUGUCAUCCCCGCCGAGAGGCUGGAGCGUGCAAAAGCGGAACUGCAGCCGAUCACCGCACUGCACGUGUAUGCAGUGGCGCCUGCCUCGCAAAAGGACAUUGCCGUCCUGGCAAAUCUGGACUACUCCCAGUCCGCAGCGCUGCUUGCGAGUGGAGGGACAUAUGCCCAGGAGGCACAGUCGCUCAGUUGCAUUCAAGGCGGGCCCCAGAGGAAGGCCCCUCAGAAGCCUGACUCUGUCGCCCAGAGGACGGUGCUGCAGCCAGCCAGUCGGGGCGGGGCGGGGUCGGUGGCAACAUCUGCACCCCUCCCGACUGCCAAGGAGCCUCUGCCAAAGGUGGAGCCACCGGUGCAGGCAAUGCCAAAACCUAGGGGGGAGAAGGGCACAGACUCUGGCGAGGCUCCUCCUGUCAGUGUCAAGCCGGCCAAUCCUCCACCCGUGAAAGAGGAAUCUGUGCAGGCUCUGAAACCACCAAAAUCACGUCCAGGUGGGUUCAAGUUCCAUGCAGGGGAUGUUUGA